GCCAUGGAAGGGAGCCCUGUCUCGAGACUGGAAGAGGCUGGAGAUGACGCCCAGCUAGAAGAGCUGGAGAAGGAGUUGGAGGACUUGGAGGCAGACGUGGUGUUCCUGCAGCAACGCCUGGCAAAGCUGCAGAGUCAGAACGGAUGUGCGUCAUUGAUAGAUAUUCCACUGGAGAAUCUUUGUUGGCAACUUCCAGCUGCUGAUUUCAUGGCGCUCUCCAUGGCAGGGAUGCGCUUGUACAAAACAAGCCAAGAGCUCUUGCCCUCGUUGCUGCCGGAGGCUCCGUUGAGCCCCUUGAUUUCUGCUCCAUGUCUGUGGCGCGCCUGGCGUGAGCCCUGCCUGACCCUGGGCCUUACAGCUGCUGUUCCACAGAUGGCCCUGGGCCGGGCUCUCAAGGCGUUCCGCCGAUCGCCCACCGGGCCCUUGUGCAUUGAGAGCGAAGAUGGUGAAUGUUUCGGCACGCGGAACUUGCAACCCUACGAGGCGGUUUGGGCUUUGACCAAGCAUCACACCCCACGGCUUCUUCGUUUUAAAGUCAAGGAAAGGACGGACAAAGGAGCCGUCCACCCUGAGACGUCGGUGAUGCUGUUGGACUCGGCUAUUCCCAAGCAACCGCUUUUCACCGUCAGCUGGCGUCGAGAGGGUGCACGGUACCAGAUGCACGUCUUCACAAGGGAGGUGGUCUCUGGCCGAUGUGCCUGGGCUUACCGGCAACGUCGCUUCAACUUGGAGGCCUUUGAGGCUGCUGAUCUCCAUGUGCACGUGGAGUUCGAUUGGCCCACUGCUCGGUGUUGGAUGCAGCUUGGUCGUGACCAGCUUCAGGAGUUUCCCUUCAGUGGUUCCUCUGGGUCGCCCACCACCGAUCAACUGCGAUUACAACUGUCGCCUGCUCGGGAAGAUCUGGAGAUCUCUUUGCUGCUAGGAUGAGUUGGUGCCAGAUUGGUGAGAGGAGGGUCCAAAGUGCUGGUUGCAGU